AUGAGUGAUGGUUCGACAUCUCGUGUCUAUUUUCCAUCAAUGGCUCUUCGAAAGUCGCGUUCACAACUUCCGCCAAUUCGAAAAUUGUCCAGUGACAAUCAUCGGGAAUAUCUGGAGAAGUUGCACAAUCGAAAAGCGUCGUCGCUGAAGGAGAAGCGAGGGAUUUCAAGUAACCGAAGUGUUGAAGAGGUUGGAACUCCGCCCACUCCACCACCAUUCCAUCAAUAUCGACACGUUUGUGAGCCAUCGUAUGGUGACGAAGACGAAGCCAAUAAUUCGCCCAGUGUUAGUUUCGAUGAUUCGGCAACGAUUUGUAAUUCGAUUGAUUUUUUCGUCGGGCCCGUGCAGUUUUCAACAAAGCCGUCGAUUUUGAAGCGAAGCUCGUCGGCCUCGUUGACUUCGCAACUUACGAUUGACCAAAGACGAUGGUCGUUUCGAAGUUUGGAGGUGGAAAAUCGAUUGGAAGAGGAGAAUGAUAUAUGUGUUGGAUGGCGGAAGAAGGGAAUGGGUUUUAAGAAAUGGAAGUUGAAUUCGAUUUAUGGAAAGGUCAGGGAGACUUUUUUGAGUUGGGAACUAUGGUCUUGAAUUUUUAACGCACUCAUUGAAUUCCACGGCGAUUUUUCACCCCUGAAACCUUUAAAACCCUCAAAAAUCCCAGAUUUCUGCUAAAAAUGGCAUGUGCGCUCCACUGCAAUUAUUGCAGUUUUUAUUGAAAUUCGAAUUUUCAAUGAAGAGAAAAGACGCUUUUAACAAUUUUCGACCUUGGGUCCAUGAAAACCAUGUUUUUAGCCCAAAAAUUGGAUUCCACGUGGAUUUUUCGUUCCGGAAACCUUUAAAAACACAGAUUUCUGCAAAAAAUGGAAUGUGCGCUCCACUGUACUUUUUGAAUUUUAGUCAAACAAUUGAAAUUUUCAUUUUUUUUUCUCGAUUGAGAAUAAUAUGUUUUUUUAGGGCUGAAAAUCAAUGCCUCGUGGAUUUUUAAGCUGAAAAUAUUAGUCUAGUUUUGCACAGCAAAAUCUCAAUUUUCUUCGUAUUUCAGCUGAUUUUUCACAGCCUCAGAACUAGAUUCCGGUCAUUUAAAAAUAUCUCUGCGUCUCUUCUCUCUCUCAACUUUUUUUUUAUCGAAACCAAAAAACAUGUUGAGUUGAGCCAGCGAGGUCUCAAAUGAUUGAUUGAUUCGCUGAUUUUGCGGAAGAAAAACGCGAAAAAGAAGAAGAAUAUCAAAUUUCGAGUUGUUAGUUAGUCUUUGCUCGAUCAAUCAUAAAAACAUAUAUAUCUUUUCCUACGAGGAGGAACAUCUGAAACUAUUUUUCGACAUAUUUUUUUAAUCAGAUGGGGGAGGAGGAGGUCACGAGAGGAAGGGGAACGUUGCGAAAAAAAUCACAAAUUUUGACCCUGGGACCAUAAAACCCAUAUUUUUUACUCGAAAUUUGGAUUCCACGUGGAUUUUUCACCCCCGAAACCUCUAAACCCCCAUAUUUCUGCUGAAAAUGGCAAGUGCGCUCCACUGCACUUUUUGCAUUUUUUUCGCUUUCUACGUGGAUUCCACAAAAAUCAGGGAAAUCAUUGAAUUUGAAUAUUAAAAUCUCGAGAAAGAACAAUCAUGUUUCCAGCGUCCACGAAGUCGGCCGCUCCAAGAAUUCUACAACGACGAUGACGCCGAACUCGAAGCGAUCGCAAAAAUGCGAGAUCCCGACGCGCCACGACCCGAAGGAGCAAUGAUGAAUCCGGUGAGAGGUGAAGCCGCCCAUUCGAACACCAAUAAUACAAUGCCACGCAGUUUGGAUAGUGCUUUUCAUCGAUUCGGAACGACGGCCGCCAAAAAUAUUGCGGCGAUUGUUCUGGAUCAAACUGCAAAACCCACUUUGCAAUUGACUUAUGGUAAGUUUUUUUGUGAUGGGGCAUUCCAAAACCCUUAAAAAACAGACAUCUUCCUUAAAUGAAGCUUAUUUGAUUUCAAAAAAUCCCAAAUUUCAAGUAGAUCAAACUAAAUCUACAGUAAUUCUGGCGCCAAAACUGUUUUGAACAGGGCUUGCGAAGCACGCCACGUGGAUUUUUUGGCUUCAAAAGAUUAUCUAGGCUUGUUUAGUAGUUAAAGGUACAGAUUUUCCAACAACAGUACCAUCUGCGUAUCUAACUCGGGUUUAUGUCCAAUUUCUUCUCAGAAAUCUAGUUAGAUACGCAGGUUCUACCGUACUUGCGAAGAAACGUACAUUUUUCUGUCUAAAACCCCUUCGGACAAAUACUGGAGUACGGUAGCACCUGCAGAUCUUACUCGGGUCUCUGUGAAGAAAUUGAAGUUAGAUACGCAGAUGAUACUGUAUGUUCCUUUAAUCUGGAAAUUUCUGUUUUUGGACGUUUUUUUCUCUCGCAGCUUCCAAAAACGAGAAAAAAUCAGAAAUUUAUCUUUCAAAGCCCCACCCCUUUCAGAUUAAAGGAACAUACUGAAAUACGGUAGAACCUGCGUAUCUAACUCGUUUUCAAAAAAGAAAUUGAAGUUAGAUACGCAGGAGGACAGGAAAAUUUCUGUAUUUUUUUGGCUCUGCAUAACCUUUUUCUUCAUUUUCCAGGUAAAUUGUAUAGUCGAGCCAAUAAAGUUGCCUAUAUGCUAUUGAACAAAACAGUUACGAUAAGUCGAGACGGAACAAAAGCGCCACUUUGCCGUCCUGGAGAUCGAGUUGCUCUAAUCUACCCCAACACACAACCCCUACACUUCCUAGUCGCAUUCUAUGGUUGUAUGUUGGCUGGUGUCAUUCCGGUUCCCGUUGAAAUGCCGUCGUCGAAACGAGAAGCCGGAAUUGCGCAACUCGGAUUUCUCUUGGGAAAUUGUGGAGUGAAAGUUGCGCUAACCUCGGAAUCUUGUUAUAAAGGAUUGCCGAAGAAGGUGAAUGCGCAUACAUCGCAAUUCUCAUCACCAUCAGGAUCGACAUCACUCAAUGGACUGUCGACAGAGUUGGUUGAUUUUCGCGGAUGGCCUCGAUUAUAUUGGGCGGUUAGUGAGAAUAUGGCAAAGCCAGCGAGAGAUUGGACAGCGCCGCCAAGAUUGGCUGAUGAUACGGUGGCUUAUAUCGAAUAUGCCACGGGGAAUGAUGGAAGUGUCAAAGGAGUGUGUGUUUCGAGACAAGCUGUGUUUGCACAUUGUCGAGCGGUUUCGUCGGCUAUGGAAUAUAAAGAAGGUGGGUUACUGUAAGACAAACUUAUCUACGAAAAUUUGGAGACUAGGAAAAUUCUGAAGGCUCAGUUCUUUAGUGCCAAAAUUUGAUCUAUAGAUAAUUUUCGGCGCUAAAAAUGAUCUAGGGAUAGUUUUCAGCGCCAAAAAUGAUCUAGAGAUUAUUUUCGAGGCUAGAGAUGAUCUAUGGAUAGCUUUCGGUCCUAAAAAUGAUCUACAGUAAUCCUUCGGUAAUCUAAAAUUGAGCUACAGUAACCCAGGGAUAUUUUUUCCUUCAAAAAUUGAUCUACAGUAAUCGAAGGAUUAUUUUUAGCGCUAAAAAUGAGCUACAGUAACCCAGGGACAUUUUUUCGUCUAAAAAAUUAUCUACCGUAAUCCAGGGAUGUUUUCCUCUCUAAAAAUUGAGCUACAGUAAUCGAAGAAUUAUUUUUAGCGCUAAAAAUGAUCUACAGUAACCCAGGGACAUGUGUCCCUUUAAAAAUUCGUCUACAGUAAUCCAGGGACAUUUUUCUCUUUAAAAAUUGAUCUACAGUAACCCAGGGAUAGUUUUUAGCGCUAAAAAUCAGCUACAGUAAUCCUUGGGUAAUCUAAAAUUGAUCUACAGUAACUCAGAUACAGUUUUCAGUGCUAAAAUUGAUCUAAAAGUCCUUGUGAACUAUAUAUUUUCAUCAAAAAUUUUGCGAAACGAAAAAAAAUUCCAAAAAAAUUGUUGCAGACGAAACAAUAGUUUGUGUUGUGGAUUUCAAACGAGAAGUCGGACUUUGGCACGCGAUUCUAUCGAGCGUUUUCAAUGGAAUGAAAGUGAUAUUCGUCCCGUAUUCCCUAAUGAAAAUGAAUCCAGCCACGUGGAUGCAUAUGGUGACAAAAUAUCAAGCAACAACAGCACUUGUCAAAUCGCGUGAUUUACAUUGGGCACUUCUUGCAACUCGAGAUCACAAAGAUAUUCAAUUAUCAUCACUGCGAACACUUUUAGUUGCGGAUGGCGCGAAUCCUUGGUCAUUAUCAUCGUGUGAUGCAUUUGCAGCCGCAUUUAAAGAGCCGCCAUUCAAUUUGAGACCUGAUGCAAUGUGUCCGUGUGCUGGAAGUAGUGAGACUGGAACGAUUGCGAUUCGACGACGCGGAAAUUCGCAACUUGGAAGUCAAAGUGGACGGGGGAUUUUGUCGAUGAGCGCGUUGAGUCAUUGUGUGGUCAGAGUUGAUCAGGAGAAUUCGUUGACGAGUUUGACGUUACAAGUGAGUGCUAGAGAGAAAUUUUGAAAAAUUUUUGAGAAAAAUCAGACCUUUUUUUCGAAAAAGGCUUUUUUUUUUGGUUCCUAAAUUGGGAAAUUUUCAAAGUCCUAUUUUAGGCUAAGAGAAUUCAAAUUCAAAAAAUUUUGACGACAAUUUUGAACCAGGUUACUGUAGAUCCUUAAAUUUUUGAAUUUCAAUGUUUCCCGCCGAUAAUUGAUUUUUCAAAUUUUAAAAAAUUAAUGUUUUGGCGCGAAGAAAAUGAUUUUCAAAUUUGAAUUUUCGACGCCGAAAUCUACAGUAAUCUGGUUAAAAAUUGUGCGCGAAUUUUGAAGUUUUCAAAAUUUUUAAAAUUAAUCUCCACAAUUUUCAAAUCUACAGGAACCUUGUUCAAAUUUGCACAAAAAUUAAAUUUUCAAAAUUUUCUGAUCUUGAAACGCGCUAAAAAUCUACAGUAACCUGGUUAAAAAUUCAUGGGAAAUUUAAUUUUUUGAAAAUGAAUUUUUCAAAUUCAAAUUUUUCGCUACAAAAUCUACAGUAUCCCGGUUCAAAUUUUUUUCAUAUUUCAGAAUUUUCAAAAUUAAUUUUUUGGCAAAAAAAAACACGUGUUAAUUUUGGUCAAGAAAUUACAGUAACCUUCCAACUCCCAGUGACUUUUCAUAAUUUUUCUGAUUUUUUCAGGAUGCUGGUCAAAUAAUAGCUGGUGCUGUAGUUGUUGUAACUGCAAUCGAUGGAUCUUCUCGUCUCUGUCAAUCUGAUGAAAUUGGAGAAAUCUGUGUUUCGGCAAACUCAACAUCUCACGCAUAUUGGGCGCUGGAAGGUCAAACUGCCCACACUUUCAAACUCGAACCACUCGGAGAAUCUGGCAAACCAAUCGGUGCUGUUCGAUAUGUUCGAAGUGGUUUGAUUGGUUUCAUGGGCCCCGAUGGAAUGGUUUUUGUUGUCGCGCGACGAACUUCGCUUCUAUCGGUUUCUGGUCGAUAUCAUAGUGCUGAUGAUAUUAUUGCGACAGUUUUGGCUGUUGAACCAAUGAAAUUUGUGUAUCGAGGAAGGAUUUGUGUGUUUUCGACGAGUGUUUUGAGAGAUGAGAGGAUUGUUAUUGUGGCCGAACAGAAACCUAAUUGUACCGAGGAGGAAGCGUUUGAUGUGAGUUUUGGGGGUUUUGUAGGGAAAAAUCCACAUUUUUUGAUUAAAUUUUGUAUUUGAUAAAAGUUAAGCCUGAAUUUUCAGCCUAAAAUUAAUUAAAAAGGUUGGUUACUGUAGGGUUCCUAAUUAAUUAUGAAUUUACAUUUUGGCUUCAAUUUUGGGCUGAAAAUUAACUUUGAAUUUUGAGCUUGAACGUCAGGCUUGAAAUUUAGUUUUGAGCUUGAAUUUCAGGCUGAAAAUUUAGGCUUCACUUUUAAAAUCUUUUUGAUUUAAAAUUUAAAAUCAAGUCUUAAUUUAAUUUAAUUAAUAUAACACUUGAUUUUGAACCCUAAAUUUUGAGCUCAAAAUUGAAUUUCAAGUUCAAAAUUAAAUUUCAGCUCAAAAUUGAAAUUCAGGUUCAAAUUUAAAUUUCAAGCCUAAUUUUUAAGCCUGAUAUUCAAGCUCAAAAUUAAACCCUAAAUUUUCAGCUCAAAAUUAAAUUUCAAGCCUAAUUUUUAAGCCUGAAAUUAAAGCCAAAAUUCAAAUUUCAAGAUUUUUCACUUUUUCAUUGUUUUUUACUGUGAAAAGUUCCAAAUUUCAGGUUUCAUUUUGAAUUCUGAAACUUUUCCAACCUGAAAUUCAAAUUUCAAGGUUUCCAAGAAAUUUCCCAAAAAUUGGAAAUUCACAAAGCUUUCUGCAAAAAAUUCGGAAAAAAAUUGAAUUUUUUUAAAAUUUAUUUAUUUAUUUAUUGAAAUACGUUGGGGGACAACGUGAAAAUAAAAAAUAUUCGGGAAAAAGGAAAAUACAAAAAAAUGGGUAGAAAGACACAAGUAUGGUAAGACAGGGCCUAUGGUCAUGAAAACCAGGACGAGUAAGCGCUUGUAUUUAUUGUAACAUAGGUCAUUAUUAUUAUGAGUCUUUAUUAUAGUGUUGAGCAAGUUCGGUGGGUGAAAAAGUGUUGUAAAUUUUUGAUUUUUGAAAUAAUACCUACUCUUUUUUUAUCUAAAAAUAGAUAAAUAUUUUGGAAAAGAUUUUUGAUCUGAAAUCUAUGAAAUUUCAGUCAAUUGCCAUGUAACCCUAAAUAUCCCUAAUUUUUCAUUUUUCCAGUGGAUAACUCGAGUUCUCCGAGCAAUCGAUACAAUUCACCAAGUCGGAAUCUAUUGUUGUGCCCUUGUUCCAGCCAAUCAUCUCCCAAAAACGCCCCUCGGAGGAGUCCAUGUCUCCGAAACGAAACAACGUUUCGAAAAUGGCGAUCUUCAUCCAAGCACCCUUCUAAUGUGUCCUCAUAGUUGUGUCCUAAAUCUACCGAAACCGCGUGAAAGACAAUCGGAUGUUGGACCGGCCGCAAUGUUUGUUGGAAAUAUUGUGCAAGGUGUGCGAAUUGCGACGGCGAAAGGAAGAAGUAUUGAUGAUGAGGUAUCGAUGCCACUGCUUGAAUGUUUGAGAUCGAGAGCGCAGACAUCACCGGAACAUCGCAUUUUGACGUUGGUUUCGGGGAAGAAUCCCGAAGCUGACAGUGCCACGUUUGCCAGUUUGCUCAAGUGAGUUAGGGAUUUUUGAGGGGGGGGGCGGGAAGGGUUUGGGAAUUCUUUCCUAAAAAUUGUUAUGACAUGGAAAUCUUCAAAUUUUUGAAAAAUGAGUUUGGAAAUCUGAUGAUUUCCAAGUGAUUUGAAUUUUUAGAAAUCAAUUUUUUAAUGUGAAUUUUUCUUACAAAUUGUUAUGAUAUUUUAAAAAUUAAUUUGAAAAUCGGGUUUUUCGCUUAAUUCUGAUGAUUUUCAUGAUAUUUUUGCAAUUUUUAAUUGAAAAAAAUUCAAUUUUCUCUAAAUCCUGGUUUCUGAUAAAUUAUUUUGAAACAUUUCUUGAAAUGUUUCAUUAAAUCAAAAUCUUUUUCAUUCUUAUCAUUUCCAGCUAGAAAAACCUGAAAAUCUACAUUUUUGAUCAACUUCAAGCUCAAAAUUGCAUUUUUCGGCAGAAAACUGAGAAAAUUGCAGUUUUUUGAGUCCAGGAACUGAAAAUUUUCGAUUUUCGGCUCAAAAAUUCCAAAUUUUCAAAACCAAAAAAAUACGUUUCAACAUUUUGAUAUAAUUUUUUUAUCAAAUAUUUUUUUUAAUUUCAAAAGUUGAAAUCUAGUUUUUUAGUCAGAAGCUGAUGAAUUUUCAACAGAUGCACAAUUUUUGGCUCAAAAAUGAUGGGGCUGAACUUUUGAGUUUUAAAAAAUUUCUAAAAAAAAAAAAGAAGCGAUUUUUAGUAAAAAAAAAAAAUCCAAAUUGUCAAAACCAAAAAAAAUACGUUUCAAAAUUUUGAUAUAAUUUUUGUAUCAAAUAUUUUUUUCAAUUAAAACAUUUAUUCAGACGCGCUGAACGUAUAGCUGGCCUUCUAACCGAUCGAGCCCGCCUAAAUCGAGGCGAUCAUGUCGCAUUAAUCUUCUCACCAUCAAUCGAUCUAAUCGCCGCAUUUUUCGGAUGUCUUUCAGCCGGCCUAAUUCCAGUCCUAAUUCGACCACCAAUUGCCUCCGAUCUCAACACAACCCUCGGACCAAUUCGAAUGAUUGUUGAUAUGUCGAAAGCAGUUGCGAUUCUAGCACCACAAGCAGUCUCGAAAUUAUUGAAAUCCAAAGAAGCCGCGCAUAGCAUUGAUUCGAAUGCAUGGCCAAUGAUUUUGGAUUUGGAAGAUGCGCCAAGUUCGUGGAGAAGAAAACAGAAUUAUUCAUCAACGAUUAGUAGCAAUGGAAGUAGUACAAUUCGAGAGGAAAUAUGUUAUUUGGAUUUUUCGAUGAAUUCAUUGGGACAAUUAUCGGGAAGCUCUAUAACUGAAGGGGCUGCGAUUUCAGCUUGCAAAUCCAUCAAAGUCUCAUCGGAAUUGUAUCCGUCACGACAUAUUGUUGUAUCAACAUCGCCAUAUUCUGGAAUAUCAUUGAUUCUCUGGUGUCUCUCGUCGGUUUAUUCUGGACAUCAUACGACACUCAUUCCACCGGCUGAAGUUGAAGCGCAACCCGCGUUGUUUUUGACGACGCUGUCGAAUUUGAAGGUUCGAGAUUGUUUCACAACGUAUUCCACGCUGGAAUUGUGUUGUUUACAAUUGGCGAGUCAAGUUGAGACUUUGAAAGAGCGCGGAUGUAAUUUGGCACUUUUGCGAAGUUUGGUUGCGAUGGCUGAAGAAAGGCCGAGAAUUGGAUUGAUGUCGUCGUUUUGUAAAAUAUUUGCGCCGUUGGCGUUGAAUAAUCGAGCGGUUUCGACGGCUUUUUCGUCGAGAGUUAAUUCGGCGGUUUGUAUGCAGGUUUGUAUGGUUUUUGGGGGGGAUUAUAUUGAAAAUAAUUAUUAAAAAAAAUAGUUUUUUUUUUCUGAAAAUAGUUUUGUGGUCCUUUUUUAAUUCAAAAUUGAUUUUUAGGGCAAUUUUUUGGAAUUAUAAAAAUUUGGCGCGGGAAAUUUGAAAUGUUCCUUUUAAAUUUCAUUUUUAGGAAUGUAAAUUUAUACUUAAAUUUUUUUUUCUGAAAAUAGUUUUUCACAACAUUUUGGUACUUUUUUUAAAUUCGAAAUUCUAACUAUAAUUUUUUAGCUUUAAAAUUUUGAAGAAUAACAAUUUGGCACGAAAAUUCAUUAUUUUCAAAAUUUAUUUUGUGAAAUGAAAUUUAUACUGAAAAUCAUUUUUUUUUAAUUUGUUAGAUUUUUUUGAAAUUCUGUUUUCCUUACACAAUUCCGAAAUUUGAAAUCUCAUUUUCAGCGCUAAUAUUUUGAAUAGUGAAAAUUUUGCACGAAAAUUUGAAAUUUCAAAAUUUUAUUCAAAUUCUGAAAAUAAAUAGAAAAAAAGCUUUUUUUUUUUUGGUAAAUUUUAAUUCCAAUUUGAGUUUUCCUAGUUAAAUUUCCUGAAUCUUUAAAAAAAAUUCAAAACAAUCAAAAAUUUUUAGAAAGUUUUCGAAAUGCUCUUCUGAACUUAAAAUCAAUAUUUUCAGGGUGCAAGUGGUCCGGAACCAUCUACAGUAUACGUUGACGCGCGCGCACUUCGAAAUGAUCGAAUUUCUCUGGUCGGCAAAGGUGCUCCACACAGUGUGGCUCUCAUCGAAUCCGGCAAACUUCUACCCGGCGUCAAAAUCGCCAUCGCCAAUCCCGAAACACGUGGACAAUGCGCCGAUUCGCAUCUUGGCGAGAUUUGGGUGUCAUCAGCUCACAAUGCAUCGCCACUUUCCAACAGCGAUUCUCCAGCUGCUGAUAUGGUUUAUAAUGCUCGAUUAACCACGGGAGACACAAAAACGAGAUGGGCAAGAACGGGAUAUCUCGGAUUUUUGCGACAAACUCAAUCGAUAACUGAACACGGGGAACUACACGAUGCUGUUUUUGUUGUUGGCGCGCUGGCUGAUAGUUUGGUGUUGAGAGGAAUGCGAUAUCAUCCGAUUGAUGUUGAACAAACUGUUGCCAAAUCGCAUCGAUUUGUUGGAGAUUCGUGAGUUUUUUGAAAAAAAAUAGCAGGUUCUUCUGGUUUUUCAGAAGAGCAUUUUGAAAAGUUUCUGAAAAAAAUUUAAAGUAUCAGAAAGGAAUUAAAAUUUACCAAAAAAAGCAUUUUUUCAAUUUAUUUUCAGAAUUUGAAUAAAAUUUUGAAAUUUCAAAUUUUCGCGCCAAAUUUAUACUAUUCAAAAUUUCGUAGAUUCGCGCGCCAAAUUUUGUAGGGAAAACAGAAUUUCGAAAAAAAAAUAUUUUCAUAAAAUUUGAAACGAUUCGAAUCGAAACUUUCGAAAAACUAUUUUUUUUCUUAUUUUUUGUGAUAUUUUUUUUCAUUGAAACAUUUUCGCUGCGAGAAAUUUUUCAUUUUUGUGUAAAAAAAAUGUAAGAAAACAUUGUAGGUCAAAAUUAGUUUUUCGAGUUUUUCAGCCAAAAAUGAUGACAAAUCGAUAUUUUUCAAGCUUCUGGAGUGAUUUCUGAUGAAAAUAAGCUUCGAGAACCCUAUUUUGCUUUUUUCGAAAUUCAUCAAAAUUUAAAAUUUUUUUAUUUUACGAAAAAUCAGCAAAACCUUCUGGAAAGUGAAUUUCAAGAUCAAUUUUCAUCUAAAAUCACUCCAGAAGCUUGAAAAAUAUCGAUUUGUCAUCAUUUUUGGCUGAAAAAUUCGAAAAACUAAUUUUGACCUACAAUGUUAAAAAAGAUAAUUUUUUUUGUUCGUGAAUCAGCUCUACAUCAGCUCUGUAUAGGAAAAAAUAUAGUUUUUUGACAUUUUCUGAAUUUUUCUGGGUAGAUCAAACAUAUUUUUCUCUAAGUCUCUCACACCCUGUCAAAAUCAGUAAAUUACACGCUGUGUUUUUUUUCUAAAUGACCUUUUUUCCAGCGCUGUCUUCACAUGGAAUCAUCUCGUUGUGAUUGCCGCCGAAUGCAGUGGCACAGAAACUGAAGCACUCGAUUUGGUGCCAGCUAUAACUAGUGCUGUAUUAGAAGAACAUCAUUUGAUUGUUGGUGGGUUUUUUGGGGACAACAUCGAAUUUCUCCCAGAAGUUUGAACUUCGAAACCGGAACUUUAAAAAAUAAUUUUUGCAGGUGUUGUUGUAAUCGUUGAUCCUGGAUCAAUUCGACAUGGUCCAAACGGUGAAAAACUUCGAAGCACAAUUCGAAAUCUAUUCCUUGAUGAGAAACUCAAUCCCAUCUACGUCGCUUAUAAUAUGUAA